GAAACCAGAAAUCUCACACAUGUUGUCUCAGAAUUCCAUCUCAUGAGCUUCUCAGAGGAUCCAGAGCUACAGCCCCUCCUCCUGGGACUGUUCCUCUCCAUCUACCUGGUCACAGUGCUUGGGAACCUGCUUAUCAUCCUGGCUGUCACCUCAGACUCCCACCUGCACACACCCAUGUACUUCUUCCUCUGCAACCUGUCCUUGGCUGAUGUGGGGUUCAUUUCCACGACAGUUCCCAAGAUGAUUGUGGACAUCUUCACCCACAGCAUGGUCAUCUCUUAUGCUGGCUGCCUGACUCAGAUGUCUGUCUUUAUUACAUGUGGAUGCAUGGAUGAUUUGCUCCUCACAGUGAUGGCCUAUGACCGGUUUGUUGCCAUCUGUCACCCCUUGCAUUACCAGGUCAUCAUGAAUUCCCAUCGCUGUGGAAUCCUACUUUUGCUGUCAUUUGUGGCCAGUCUGUUCGAUUCCCUACUUUAUAAUGUUAUGGUCUUCCAAAUUACCUGCUUCAAGGGAGUGGAAAUUUCCAAUUUCUUCUGUGACCCCACUCAACUUCUCAACCUUAAUUGCUCUGACACUCUCAGCAGUGACAUAAUCACAUGUAUUGCAAGCAUCAUAUAUGGCUUCCUCCCUUUGUCAGGGAUCCUUUUCUCUUAUUAUAAAAUUGUGUCCUCCAUUCUGAGGGUCCCAUCUCCAGGUGGCAGGUACAAAGCCUUCUCCACCUGCGGCUCUCAUCUGACAAUCGUUUGCUUAUUUUAUGGAACAGCCCUUGGUUUGUAUCUCAGUUUAGCUUUCUUUGGCUCUGCUGGGAAGAUUGCCUUGGCCUCAUUGGUAUACACAAUGGUCACCCCCAUGCUCAACCCCUUUAUCUACAGCCUGAGGAACAGCGACAUCAAGAGAGCCAUGUGCAUAGUCUUCAAGAAAACAGUCUUAUUCCCAUCCUUGUGCUAUGCAUUUGGACCUGGUGGGAAAGGGCAGCAGACCUAA